CAGAGAGGGCCUACAUCAGAGCGCGCGCAGAGCCGGCAGGACACACUAAGCCAAUGUCACAGUGUGUCCAGAACGCACCUCAGUGUGGAGCAGGGCACAGCUCACAGAUUCUCUUUACCCCACUAAACCUUCAGGGGGCUUUUAGCAUUUGUUCAGUCUCUGGAAAACAUCUGAUUCAUUCUUAACCAGAUCCAGAUGCUGAGCCGUGAGAGCGUGCGUGCGUGAGGGGUGCGUCAGUGCGCUCCUGUCAAAGCGGCAGGGUUUGGGGAUCUGAAGUCUGCUUUCUGAGGGGAGGGAAGCGAGCCCAGUGGAUUUUUUUCCCCUAAAAUCACUUUAGGUAUGAACGCAGAUCCGUACUGCACACACUGCGAUAUGACAUCGAUGGAUUCGUAUUAUAGUCCGUCUACUGCGCCAGCGAGGGACCACCAAACCAACCCAUUCAGGACUUUUCCCAGCACCGACACCAAGUACAGUCCAACGUACCUCACCGGCGCCAAGGGCCCGGCGUACGGAGAGAAGUCCCGCAGCCCAUUCCAGCCGGAGUGCGUGGCGCUGGAUGGCGCCGAGGACGGUACGUUCAAGUAUCAACUCUUUAUGCAGAGACCCGGCUGCAAAACACCGCCAGAAGGAGACAAACUCCACGCGGACAAUGCGCAUAACGGCACGCUCAUGAACUGCUACGGCAAAGACAGCAGUGGUUUGGGUGAGUCUGACCUGCCCCCCAGCGUGGAGCCGUCUGGGAUGGAGAGCAGCUACUUGACCCUGAAGGACUCUGUGAAGGGCCCCACUGAGAGGCCCGGCUCAGACCUACCUAGUCCUUUGGACAAGAGUGAAGCCGAGAGCAACAAAGGCAAGAAGCGACGCAACCGUACCACUUUCACCAGCUACCAGCUGGAGGAGCUCGAGAAGGUUUUUCAGAAGACACACUAUCCAGAUGUGUAUGCACGAGAACAACUGGCUCUGAGGACGGACCUCACAGAAGCCCGAGUGCAGGUGUGGUUUCAGAAUCGCAGAGCCAAAUGGAGGAAGAGAGAGAGGUUUGGUCAGAUGCAGCAGGUUCGCACACACUUCUCCACAGCUUACGAACUGCCCCUCCUCGCCCGGCCAGAGAACUACGCACAGAUCCAGAACCCCUCAUGGAUCAGCAGCACUAGUGCAGCCUCCCCUGUACCUGGAUGUGUGGUGCCCUGUGACACUGUCCCAUCCUGCAUGCCUCCACACCCCCAUGCUCCCAGCAGUGUGUCUGACUUUCUGGGCGUUCCAAGCCCUGGCAGCAGUCACAUGGGACAAACGCACAUGGGCAGCCUCUUUGGUGGGCCCACCAUGACAGGAGGCAUCAACGGUUACGAUCUUAACGUCGACCCUGAUCGGAAGUCGUCCAGUAUAGCCGCACUGAGAAUGAAGGCCAAAGAGCAUAGUGCUGCCAUCUCCUGGGCAACAUGAUGGGAAGAGCACCCCCCACCCCCACCCCCUUU